CCGUGUUCGCCUCUCUGCCCAUACAGCCAUCCAGUUCUACGACGUCCAAGACCGCCUCGGCUACGACCGACCCAGCAAAGCUGUGGAUUGGCUUAUCAAAAAGGCCAAAGCCGCCAUUGAUGAGCUUGCCGAGCUCCCUGCAUGGAAUCCGAGCACAGCAAACGCAGCCACACAGCAGCAGGAGCAUCUGAAUGAUGAGAACGAGAAUCUUCUUUCCGUACAAUGCGAUGUCUACAAUACAACAGGGAAUCGGAGAGCGACGGUGGUGGGUAGCAACAGCAGAGUUUCAGAGUUUCCUCUGCAAAACUUGCAGCAUACCCAAAUGGGGGAAGGCACUAAUAACAGCACCUCGAGCUUUCUCCCGCCGUCGCUGGACUCGGACUCUAUUGCUGACACCAUCAAGUCCUUCUUCCCUAUAGGCACAGCUGCGGCGGCGGAGACGACUUCGUCGUCGAUUCAAUUCCAGAAUUACCCGCUAGAUUUGCUUUCCAGGACGAGUAGCCAGAACCAAGAUCUGCGGCUUUCUUUGCAAUCUUUUCAAGACCCAAUAUCUAUUCACCGGCAUCAUCAAGCUCAGCAUCAGAGUCAAGGUCAUCAGAGUGAGCACGUCCUUUUUUCCGGUACGGCCGCAUUAAGCGGGUUUGAUGUGACCACCGCUGGUUGGUCUGAGCACAACAACCUCACUCCGGCGGAGAUUAGCCGGUUCCCGAGGUUGACUUCUUGGAAUGCAACUGGUGCAGAAACUGGUAGUGUUGGCGGCAGCGGCGGCAGCGGUCAUGGCGGAGCUGGGAUUAGGAAUGCGGGAUAUGUCUUCAACUCGCAGCACUUGCCAGCUGCGCUGCCACCUUCGCCAUUUAUGCAGCCAUUAUUUGGCGAAAACCAGUUUUUUUCUCAGAGGGGACCCCUUCAGUCCAGUAACACACCUUCAAUUCGCGCUUGGAUUGACCCAUCACUCGCAGCCACUGAUCAUCAACAGCAUCAAAUGCCACCAUCGAUCCACCAAUCUUCCUUCACAGGUUUAGGAUUCGCCUCCGGCGGGUUCUCCGGGUUUCACAUUCCAACGCGAAUUCAAGGUGAGGAGGAGCACGAUGGCAUUUCAGACAAGCCAUCCUCUGCUUCCUCUGAUUCUCGCCAUUGAUUUGAUCAAAAUCCCAAGAUCUCUCUUUCAACAGGUGUGCAUCUUUGAUUAGAAGGUCAUGGUCAUAGCAGCAGUCAAGCCACCGCAUGGUCCUCAAGAGGGCAGAAUUUUGGGUCGUUUUGUUUCAAUGGCCUUUACCAUGGAAAUAGUGGAUCUGAGUGCUUUUUCAGGUCUUAUGGUCCAUGGUUUAUUUAGCUUCUGUCAGUUUUUUAUGUUAUUUCAUGCUGGGAAAAAAAAAAGAGAACUCUUUAGUUCUAGUCUUUGCUGAAUCCUUCGAUGGAACUACCUUUCAUAUUUGUUUCUGUAGCAAGACUUCGAUUAUUAUGAUUACUUUCUUCCAAUAUUUCAAUUUUAGUUUCUCUGGA